AUGCUCAACUGGUACAAAGCCAAACUCGCCGCCCGGCCCCUCCUAACCCAAUCCAUCACCACAGCCAUCCUCUUCGGCGUAGGCGACGUCACCGCGCAACAACUCGUCGACCGGCGCGGCCUUUCCAACCACGACGUCACCCGCACGGGACGAAUGGUUUUCUACGGCGGCGCCGUCUUCGGCCCCGCCGCGACAACCUGGUUCCGCGUUCUGCAGAAACACGUGGUGAUCCCCGGUUCGGCGAACAAGACGAUCCUAGCCCGUGUCGCUGCCGACCAGGGCCUGUUUGCGCCUACGUUUAUUGGCAUCUUUUUGAGUUCCAUGGCGGUCAUGGAGGGGACGGAUGUGGGUGACAAGUUAAAGAAGAAUUACUGGGAGGCGUUGAGCACGAAUUGGAUGGUUUGGCCGUUUGUGCAGCUGGUGAAUUUCAAGAUGGUCCCGCUGGAUCAUCGGGUGUUGUUUGUUAAUGUGAUUAGUAUUGGGUGGAACUGUUAUUUGAGUUGGUUGAAUGGGAAGUAG